GUCCCGGGGGCUCCCCCUGGCGGCGGCGGGCGGCGGGGCGAUGGCGCUGGUGGAGGGCGUCGGGGACGAGGUGACGGCGCUGGCGGCGCUGCUGGCGGCUCUGGGGCUGCUGGGACUGGCCUGGUUCUCCACGCGGACGGGCGAGCGGGGGGACGGAGCCCUCCCCGCCGCCUCCGCCCGCCGGGACCAACCCCGCCCCGCCGCCCCCCGCCCAGACCAGCCCCGCCCGCGCCCCAGGGAGCAGGAGGAGGGGGAGGAGGAGGGGGGGGAGGAAGGCUCGGGCCCCCCCUUCGUGCUGCGGCUCAAGUUCCUGAACGAGACGGAGCGGCUGGCCAGGGUCCGCCCCAGGGACACGGUGGGCGCCCUCAAGAGGCUCUACUUCCCAGGCCAGGAGCAGCUGGUCCGCCUCAUCUACCAGGGCCAGCUCCUCCGGGAUGACGCCCAGACUUUGGCCGCCCUGCACCUCACCAACAACAGCGUGCUCCACUGCCACGUCGCCCAGCACCGGCCUCCACCAGCCGCCACCAAUGCCGGACCCCGGACUGACGCCGAAGCUGCCCACGCUGCCCUGAACGUGGGCAGCCUGAUGAUGCCCCUCCUGGUGCUGAUGCUGGCCGCCCUGUGGUACUUCCAGCUGCAGCACCGCCACGUCUUCACCGCCACGGCCACCACCUGCCUGGCUGGCCUCACCCUGGUCUUCAGCUUCGUGGCCUUUGCCGUCUAUCGCAGAUGACGCCGGCGGAUGCCCGCUCUGCGCCCAAACUUGGGGAUGUCUGUUGGGACGCCGGGCUCCGUUGGGGGACUCGGGGACGCUGGGUCCCGUUGGGGGGACGGGGCUGGGCUCUGAGCACUAGUGGGGGGUCAGCGAGGACGUGUCUGGUCCUUGCCAACCUAAGAAGGGACCUCCAAGGUCCCUUCCGACUCUGUUAUUCUAUUCUAUUCUAUUCUAACCGCCGGUUAUUGUUUUUCCAUUAAAGCUGUGAAGGAAAAAGGGAACGCACUGUCUCCACGGUGGGUGCCGGGGGGGAUGAGAAGGGGGGCUUCUGGCUGGGCCCUACCACCUCCCCUAAACAAGGGGACAAGGGUUCACCCCAAUGGCUGCUGGUUGGGGGGCAGGAGGAGUGGUGACGCUCGCUUGGUGGCCUCUGGAGCAUCUUCAGGGAAGGGGCCUGCAGUCGCUCCCUGGACCCCCCUCUUUUCCUCCCUUCUCCCCCCAGAAGUUUGGAGCCCUGGCCUUGUUUUGGGGUGCAGUUCAGUGGGAGGGGAAUACAGGCAGUCCCCAACUUAGAACAGUCCGUUUAGUGACUGUUCCAAGUUCCAAUGGCUCUGGGAAAAAAUGGGACUUGGGACCGUUUCUCAGCCUUAGGACCGGAGCAGCCUCCCCAUGCUUGGCAGCUGAUUCGGAUUGACGACCGUCACAGGGUCCCUGGGAUCCGGGAUUUUGCGACCUCUCGACCAGCCAAGUCGGGGAGGGGUGAGGGGUGGAGGAAGCCGGGUUCGCUUAACGUCCGGGCGAUGAACGUAAUCAGCUACAGGGAUUCACUGAGUUACUGUGGCAAGGGAUGUCGCAAAAUGGGGCUAAGCUCUCAUUUAGCAAGAUAAAUUUUGGGGUCAAUUGUGGUCAUAACUCAAGGACAAUCUGUAUUGAGCUCAGCCUUCCUGGCUUCUUUCUUUCUUUCUUUCUUUCUUUCUUUCUUUCUUUCUUUCUUUCUUUCUUUUCUCUCUCUUUCUUUUUCUUUCUCUCCUUUUUCUCUCCCCUUCUUUCUCCUUCCUUCCUUUUCUUUUCUUUCUUUCUCUUACUUCCUUCUUCCAUCCCUCAAUUCUUUCUUUUGUUCUUUCUCUCGUUCUCUUUCUCUCUCCCACUUUGUUUUCUCUCUUUUUUCUCUCUUCCCUUCUUUCUCCUUUCUUUUCUUUCUCCUUUCUCUCUUGCUUCCUUCUUCCAUUCUUUCUCUUUCUCUCUCUGUUUUUUCUUUCUCUUUUUCUUUCUUUCUCUCUUGCUUUCUCUCUUACUGUUUCUUUCCCAUCCUUCCUUCCUUCCUUAUUUUUCCUUCUUUUUCGCUGCUGCCUCCUCUCUCUCUCUCUCUCUCUCCUCUCCUUCCCCAUAGCUCUGUUACCCUUCAUCUGGUAAAUAUUCUUACACUGGGGAUUUCCAGAGCGUAAGAAGCCCAGGAAAUCUUUAAAGGGGACUGACAACCACAAUAGCGACCGGGGGAUUUGUCAUUAAGUGAGACAUCGCGGAAACGGGACUCGAGACACACAACCUGUUGGCUUCCCUGUUGCCUUGGCUGGUCAGAACCCGGCUGGGAAGGUUGCCAACCCUGCGGAAUCACGGACACUGCGGCCAUCCUCACUCUGCGACGGCCGCCAAAUCGCAAUCCUGUGUCCGCUGUGUCGGUCGUAAGGGCAAGGAUUGGUCACAAGUCACUUUUUGGCCCCAUCAUGGUCACUAAAUGGAUGCUUGCCUGUCAAUUGAAGUCAAAUUGUCUGGAUGGGGAGGAACAGGCUUAGACUCAACCCUUCCAAGACCAAGUGGCU